AUGUCGACCCUUAAGGUUCCUGUGGCAGAAUCCAGUGGUGAGAAACUCUAUGAAUGUAAGAAAUGUGGGAAACAUGAAAAAAUUCACAGAAGAGAGAGGCCCUAUGAAUGUAAGGAAUGUGGGAAAGCAUUUAAUCACCUUUCAUAUCUCCCCAGACAUAAAAGAAUUCACACUGGCAAGAGGCCCUAUGAAUGUAAGGAAUGUGGGAAAGCAUUUAGUUCUUCCUCAAACUUCUAUAGACAUAAAAGAAUUCACAGUGCAGGGAGCCCCUAUGAAUGUAAGGAAUGUGGGAAGGCAUUUAGUACCUUUAGUCAGCUCUCAUACCUCUCCAGACAUAAAAGAAUUCACAGUGGAGAGAGGCCCUAUAACUGUAAGGAAUGUGGGAAAGAAUUUAGUUCUUCCUCAGCCUUCUAUAGACAUAAAAGAAUUCACAGUGCAGAGAGCUCCUAUGAAUGUAAGGAAUGUGGGAAGGCAUUUAGUUGUUCCUCUUUCCUUUCUUUACAUAAAAGUAUUCACAGUGGAGAGAAGCCCUAUGAAUGUAAGGAUUGUACUAAAGCAUUUAGUAGGCUGUCACACCUCUCUAGACAUAAAAGAAUCCAUACUGGAGAGAGGCCCUAUGAAUGUAAGGAAUGUGGAAAAGCCUUUAGUCGGCUCUCAUACCUCUCAAAACAUAAAAUGAUUCACAGUGGAGACAGGCCCUUUGAAUGUAAGGAAUGUGGGAAAGCAUUUAGACAACUGUCAUACCUUUCUAUACAUAAAAGAAUUCACAGUGGAGAGAGGCCUUAUAAAUGUACGGAAUGUGGGAAAGCAUUUAUUCGGCUGUCACACCUUUCUACACAUAAAAUAAUUCACAGUGGAGAGAGACCUUACAGAUGUAAGGAAUGUGGGAAAACAUUUGGUCAGCCCUCAGUCCUCUCUGUUCAUCAAAGAAUUCACAGUGGAGAGAGGCCCUAUGAAUGUCAGGAAUGUGGGAAAGCAUUUAGUAAGCUAUCAAACCUCUCUUUACAUAAAAUAAUUCACAGUGGAGAGAGGCCCUAUGGAUGUAAAGCAUGCGGGAAAGCAUUUGGUUGGCCUUCAAGCCUCUCUAGACAUAGAAGAAGUCACAGUAAACAGAGCCUCUAUGAAUGUAAGGAACGUGGGUAA